AUGCCAACUGAUGCAAGUACAAGUGAAGAGAAGGAGCGAAAUCCUUGUGACAUUGGGGCCGCUUCAAGUAUUGUUAAGGGGGCUAAGCAUAGCGAGAAGACGAAAGGGAAGAUGAAGCAAAGCGAGGUUGAUGGAGAUGAUUAUGAUGCUGACAAGCAUGACGAGAAGAAGAAAGGAAAGAUGAAGCAAGAUGAGGUUGAUGGAGAUGAUUAUGAUGCUGCCAACAUCAACUCUGAAAAAGAAAACAGAGAAAAAUUGGCAAAGAGUCCGUUGGUCGAAUUGGUUAAGACGGGAGAUCUUUUCCUCAAUAAAACAGUUUUGAAAGCAAGGUUUGAGUUAUGUGCAAUGAAGCAUAACUUUUACUACACAGUUACCAACUCCAAUAAAUCAGUUUGGUGUAUUAGAUGCGCUGAUAAGGUGUGCUUUUGGGGUGCUCGAGCAGAGUGUUUGAAGGGCUCCACAUAUUUUAUUAUUAAGAAGUAUGUCGGUGUACAUUCCUGUGCACCUUCAAGCAAAACCAGUGCCGUCAACGCUGUUAGAGGUAUUCCAGAGGAAAGUUAUGGAAAAAUACCAAAAUACUUGCACAUGCUGCGAGAGGCCAAUCCGGGUACACAUUCCUCUUAUGAGACUGACGUCAAUGGUAGAUUUCGAUAUCUUUUUAUAGCGUUUGGUCAAUCGAUCAGAGGCUUUAGCAAGGUCAUGAGGCGUGUCAUUGUUGUCGAUAGAACGUUCUUGAAGAGUAAAUUCAAAGGGGUGCUACUGGUUGCAACUGCUAUAGAUGGAAAUUCAAAUUUAUAUCCUAUUGCAUUCAGGAUAGUAGACUCUGAGAAUGAACAGUCUUGGGAAUGGUUUAUGAGACAGUUAAAAGUUGUUGUUGCUGAUGAUAAUGGUUUGGCUUUUAUUUCGGAUAGACAAGUGUCAAUAGCGAAGGCACUGGAGAAAGUGUAUCCGCUAGCGAGACAUGGUAUUUUUAUUCAUCAUUUGUUGAAUAAUGUGAUAUCAUAUUUCAAGAGGAAGGGAUUAGCUGGGUUGAUUUCUAAGGCUUCGAAGGCUUAUAGAGUGGUUGAUUUCAAGAAAACGUUUGCCCAUGUUUGCAAUAUCAGUCCAACAAUUGAAAAUUAUCUUAUGGAAGCGGAUGUCAAAAAGUGGGCUAGAUGUCAAUUUCAUGGAUACAGGUAUGACAUUAGGACAAACAAUCCUGCUGAGUCGAUAAAUUCUGCGUUGCAUUCGCCGAGAGAGUUUCCCGUAAUUCCUUUAUUGGACAGUAUAAGAGAAAUGCUGACACGCUGGUUUUUUAAGCGUAAGAAGUUGAUUUCGAAGCACACCCAUCGUUUGACCAUAGAUGUGGAGGAAAAUAUCGAUAGGAGGAUCAAAAAGAGGAAAACUUUCAGAGUUUACCCUGUAACCGAUAGCCAGCUGCUUGUUAAAGGCGAUACAAUUGACUGCUUUGUUGAUCUGGACAAACGGACUUGUUCUUGUGGGAAGUACGACCUCUUGAAGAUCCCUUGUAGACACGCAAUAAAAGCCGGUUUCUUUGUUGGUAGAGAACCAUAUACAUUGACUGAUUUUUUGUAUACCACGGGAGCUUGGAGAGAAGCUUAUCAAGAAAGCAUAAAUCUCAUUGCAGUUCCUGAAGAUGGUUGGUCCGUCCCAAAAGUUGUGGAAAAUUCUGAAGUGCUACCGCCUGAGACAAGAAGAUCUCUUGGAAGAAAUAGAAAACGCAGAUAUGAAACUGUUGAAGACAAAAUCCGAUCAUCACAAAGAUCACAGGGGGAUCAGCUUCGCAAGUGCAGUAGAUGUGGUCUUGGUGGUCAUAACAGAGCAACUUGCAAGAUGCCAAUAUAG